CCAACCUAGCAUUUGUUUUGAUGACUUUUCUUUCUGAACAGGGCUGUCCUGGAAAAACAGGGGCCAACGGAGAACCAGGUUCACCAGGACUGAGGGGCCUUCCUGGCAAACCUGGUCUAGAGGGGCUGCAAGGGAUUGUUGGCAUCAACGGCUAUCCAGGAUCAUUUGGCGACAGAGGAAAGCCUGGUCCCAGGGGCAAAAAGGGAGAGCCAGGAAUCCGAGGCCCCGCUGGAUAUCCAGGCAAAUCUGGUUCCAAAGGUCCACCAGGUCCAUCUGGCAUGAAAGGCCUUCCUGGCCCACAGGGCAGAAUGGGAGAUGUGGGCCCCAGGGGAUUUCCUGGAACCUUGGGACUUCCUGGUAUACAUGGACAAAAUGGCCUCCCAGGAAAGCCAGGACUAGCAGGAGAGGCAGGGCCCAUUGGUCCAGUGGGAGCGAGUGGUCCAUCAGGGUACCCGGGAAGAGAUGGGCCAGCAGGUCUAGCGGGGCCCAUUGGAGAGAAAGGAGAAAAGGGUGCCUCUGGAGGCCCUGGUGCAGCUGGUGUCAGUGGGCUGGAUGGAGAGCAGGGUGUCCCAGGCAUACCUGGAGUGGAAGGUCAACCUGGGUCAAAAGGUGAACAGGUGAGUGCUAACAGGUUUUCUCUUGAACCACCUGGGUUUUGAGAAUCUUAAAAUUCAGAGAACGUUGCUCUUGUU